GAGGGGUAUUGGGAUGAUUUUUUGCCUCAGAUGUAUACUUAUUUAUUUCUGGAAUGUAUGAUUACCUUCUUAUCUGCACUGUCCAUUUCCCCCCUGUGAGAAGAUAUGGUUUCCCGAACACUGAUUUCUGUGCUGAUCCAGGGUCAGAAGGUCUUACGAGUGGCUGAAAUGUGUCGUAAGAUGGAGAGCGAGCAGAGGACAAUCUCUUCACUGAUCCCUGCUGAGGAACAGAGGCAGGAGGAGACUGGAGCUGAGGCAGAGGAACCAGGGGAGGAACCAGGAAAGGAACCAGGGAAGGAGAUGUCAGCGCUGUGUCACGUGACGCUGAGCAUGAACACCUCGCUGCUGCAGAGAGAAGCUCUGAGGAGGAACAGAGACGCUCUGAUGGGAGAGAACCAGCAGCUGAGGGUCCUGCUGAGGCAGCACCUGGACGCCAUGACACUCACUGACAACGACCUGGAGGAGGCCCACCCUCUGCUCAGCGUGUACCGCGCCCCCACCACCUCCACACACCCCGAGAACCACAGGAAACACCCCGACAACGAGAGGAAACACACCGUCAUCGAGGCCGUCCACGCCGCCAAACACGCGCUGUGACAGAGACACUGAGAUUAUAUAAAAACUGAAUAUCAUCACGUGGUCAUGCAUUCUAAUAACUGUGUUCUCUUUCUUGAAAUAUUACAAAGAGUUUCCCUGAAUUUAUUGUGAAAUUGAUUUCUUAAAAGCUGCGUUCAACCACAUUUCUAUUUCUAUUAGGGCUGCUCAAUUAAUCGUAUUUUAAUCGCAAUUACGAUUUUGGCU